AUCACCUGUGUCAUUCACUGACAAUGGAAGAAGUGAAGAAGACUGGUGUCCAGAUGCCUAAAAGCAGGCAAAAACCGAUAAAGACGGAGUGGAGUGCCCAGUGUGUCCUUUUCACCUACUUUCAAGGGGACAUCAGUAGCGUGGUGGACGAGCACUUCUCCAGAGCUCUGAGUAACCUCAAGAGGCCCCAGGAACUGAGUUCCUCAAGCCACAGUGAAAAUGUGAUCCUCAAGAAUGAUAGCAGCAUGCCCCCGAAUCAAUGGUGUCUCUCUUCUUGGAAAAAGCCACAGCCAGAAACAUCUCCUGCAAAUGGCGCCAGUAGCAGCAGCUUGGAUGAAUAUGGUCCUAAGGCCAUGAAUUGGCACCCACUGUCCUUGCCUAAGACCCCCUAUGCACAUCCUCAGGAGCUGUGGCAAUUCCCCUCCUCAGCGAGGCCAGAAUUCCUAGAGCCUGCCUACUUUCGAGUCUUUCCUGACAGGCAUCUGGCUCCACAAGUCUAUCCUGAUGGGAGACAUGGGUCCCUUCAACAUUUAGUCCAGGAGGUUAGACACCAAAACCAUCGUCUGGAACCUGCUGCCAAGGCGAGCUGCAGCCAUGUGAAGACAGCCGGAAGCACAGCAUCACUCUUGAACCUGCCUCCCAGCUCAGGCCACUACAAGAAGAUCUACCGUCAUGGACCUGCCAGUGCCAGUCUUGAUAAUAAAAGUGCUGUGAGUCCUCAGCAUUGUCCUUUGAACCAGGAUGGAGCCCACAGGAUUUUAUGAGCCUGCUUUGCUUCUCUGACUGAAUCGUGGGACCAAGAUCAGCCCAAAGCGUUACAGCUUAAAUCAGACUGCAGUCAACCUCAUUCCUUCCCCAGAGAAAUUCCAAAUAAAAUGGUGUGAAAAAGGUU